AUGGCGGAAGAAGCGAAGACCUGUGAUGAGUGGCUGCAGAAGAAGCAAAAUGUGAUGGAUUCAGUAGCGUUGCUGGAAUUCUAUGUGAAGAAUUUCGACAAGGAAGAGGCCAGAAAGGAGCAGGUAGAAGCUUGGGCGGAGAAGCUUGAGCGGUUCUACGACGAAUUCCAUCAGGUAGCUGUCAAGAUUGAGGCCUUAUCCACGGAAGAGAAUCCCAUCGACUUGAAAGGUGAGCGUCAAAAAUUUGAUUCCCGAUACUAUGUUUUGCGUGCAUUCUACCUGAAGCAGAUUGCGAAGGCUGCCAGUUCCUCGUCCUCCAGUCGCUCCCCAUCUCUUCAGCCAUUGAACGUUCGGCUUCCGGAGCUGAAUCUCCCUAAGUUUAGUGGUCGUUUGGAGGACUGGUGCGUCUUCCGCGAUUCCUUCCAGUCUGCUAUCGGUUCUCGGAGUGAUAUCGGUCCCGUUGAGAAGCUGCAUUACCUGAAAGGUCUUGUUCAGGGUGAAGCGGCCCGUAUUCUUGACCCGAUCAAGGUCAGCGAGCAGGGUUACAAGGACGCUUGGCGGGCACUUACGCUGCGAUUCGAAAACAAGCGGCAGCUCAUCAAGUGUCACAUUCGAACGCUCUUUGACACUCCAGCGAUGCGUCAAGAAUCCGCCGAAGAUCUUCUGGCGCUGGUCGAUCGCUUCGAACAGCAAAUCUCCGUAUUGAAGAGUUUGGGUGAACCAGCCGACAAGUGGAGUUCCUUACUGGUUUAUCUGCUGACAGUCCGCCUCGAUUCGUGUACGCUUCGAGAUUGGGAGAACCACUGUGCCAAACUCGACGCCGACAACAUCGCUUCUGUUCUGGGAGGAACCGCUUCGACAUCCAGCGCAACGGAUGACUCGACCUCCAUGCCAUCGUACGUCCAGAUGGUGAAUUUCCUCCAGAACUAUGCUCGAGUCCUGCACGCAGUUUCCCCGGCCACAUUCGCUCUCUCUCCUCGCAACAAGCCCAAGCUUCCGCCUAAAUCAGCCGCAUUCCCAGUCGCAGCGCCGCCGAAGAUCGCAUCCAGUUCAACGUCUUCGAGUUCCAGUGUCAGAAAGUCGGAGAAGCCGUGCGAGAAGUGUGGACAGGGGCACUACCUGUACCACUGUCCGGAAUUCCAGAAGUUGGACAUCGCGCAACGGACCGACCUGGUGAAACAAAAAAACAUCUGCUUAAAUUGCUUGCGCUCCUCCUCCCAUUUCGCCCGAACCUGUUCGAGCUCCCGCUGCCGCGUCUGCUCCCGAAAACACCACACGCUGCUUCACACGGACAGCAGCGAUACAAAGUCCACGUGCAGCACCCAAUCUGAAGAAUCUACCUGCUGCGUUGCUGUCGAAGAGAUGCUUCCCGUUUCGUCAAAUCCAGCGCAUUCGAAGUCCGCUCCACGAAUUCCAGCUCAGCAACCGUGUACGCCCAGUACUUCUAUCGCGUCCUCUCUCCGUGUUCACGACAUUUCCGGGAAUCCCCAGUGCGCUUUGGUCUCGCAAUCCCAAGCCGUGAUCCCUGGAACCGUUUUCCUUCCAACUGCGCUCGUGAACAUCCGCAGUAGUAGAGGUCGCAUCGUUACCGCACGGUGUUUGCUAGACUGUGCAUCCCAACGAAACUUCGUGUCUGCUGGACUUUGCGAGAAGCUUCAACUACCACGAACUCGUCUGCCACAGCCGAUUACUAUCAGCGGAAUUGGCAACACCACCACGCGCGUAGAGCAUGAAGUGUGCGUGAGCGUCUCUUCUCGUAUUUCAUCGUUCUCCGUGAAGUGUUCGAUGCUGAUUCUUCCGUCGAUCACCGUGAAGCUUCCACAGUUCUCCGUCGACACCCGUCAAUGGUCGAUACCACAGCACGUCGACCUCGCCGAUCCUACUUUCGCGGUCACCAGUAACAUUGACAUGAUCCUGGGUGCCGCACAUUUCUUCCGUGUCCUUCGUUACGGCCGAAUCUCUCUCGGCAACGAUCUUCCGCUGCUCCAGAACACCGAAUUUGGAUGGGUCGUCUCUGGAGAAUGCAUGCUGGAAAACCACGACCACGAAGAUCCCCGUGACUGCCAGUUCAGCAAUCCCUGCACAAUCGAUGAGUUGGUCAACCGCUUCUGGCAGCUAGAAGAAGUGCAGCAGUCAAAAGGCUGGUCUCCGUUCGAACGGUACUGCGAAGAACACUCCGUCAGACACACCGUCCGAAAUGCAGAUGGUCGCUACGUCGUCAAGCUCCCAAAGCGAGAAGAGUUGCUUCCCCAGUUAGAGGACAAUUGGUACAACGCCACGCGGCGGUUCUACUCCUUGGAACGAUCGCUUGCCAGAGAUCCAGAGAAGCACGCCAUGUACCAGAAGUUCGUCCAUGAAUACCAAGCUCUCGGACACAUGCGGAAAAUUGAUCCCAACGAGCGAGACAGCAAACCUCGCUACUAUCUUCCCCAUCACGCAGUCAUUAAGAUGGACAGCACUACUACCAAGCUCCGAACCGUCUUCGAUGCAUCUUGCCGGUCGAAAUCCGGUUUGUCCCUCAACGACGUUCUCCUCGCUGGCCCUACCGUCCAAGACACCCUUGUUACGAUCGUCAUUCGCUUCCGAAUCUUCGAAUUCGUCGUAUCGGCGGACAUCGAAAAAAUGUACCGCCAGGUGUUGGUAUCGGAACAAGAUCAGCCGCUGACUCGAAUAGUGUGGCGCGAUCAUCCGGAUCUUCCUCUGAAGAUUUACCAGCUACUCACCGUCACCUAUGGCACCAGUUGUGCCCCGUUCUUGGCGAUCAGGGUGUUGCAGAAGCUUGCCGACGACGAAGAACAGCGAUUCCCGCUGGCAGCUCGUGCGCUCCGCCGUGACUUCUACGUGGACAACCUGCUCACUGGCUCCAACGACACUUCAUCUCUCGCCGCUACCUGCAAGCAGCUCAUCGCAAUGCUGGCUUCUGCAGGCCUUCCGCUUCGGCAAUGGUCGUCCAACAACCAGACUGUGCUCAACGCCAUUCCGCCGGAGCUCCGGGAGACUGAAACGCUGCUCGAUUUGGACCAUGAAGCCUCCGUCACCACGCUGGGAUUACGCUGGGAGCCUGCUACCGAUUUUCUGUCCUUCAAGCAGCCGAAGUGGAAGGAAUAUUCCACACUCACGAAGCGGGAGAUUCUGUCGCAAAUCAGCAGUUUGUUCGACCCGCUUGGACUUAUUGGUCCGACUAUCUCGAAGGCAAAAAUCCUUCUCCAAGGCUUGUGGAAGCUCCACCUCGACUGGGACACACCAGUUCCUCCGGCAGUCGUCAGUGAGUGGCAGGACAUUCAACAGAAAUUCGCCGGUCUUGUGCACCUGCGGAUUCCCCGGCAUGUCCUCAGCCCCGGUUACGCCCGCCUGGAAGUUCAUGGUUUCAGUGACGCUUCGGAGGCCGCCUACGGUGCUUGCUUGUUUCUCCGUUCCAUCUCAUCAGAUGGAUCCUGCUCUGUUCGGCUGCUCAUGUCGAAGUCAAAGGUGGCACCAGUCGACACGAAGUCAAUUCCGCGCUUAGAGCUCUGCGCGGCUCACUUGCUCGCCAAACUCCUAGUCCAUGCCAUGGAUUCCGUCGAGAUUUCCGCCACGGUCUACCUGUGGACAGACUCCACCAUAGUGCUUGACUGGCUCGCCGCAACACCGUCAUCGUGGAAGACGUUUGUGGCAAAUCGCGUGGCUGAAAUCCAGGAACUCACCACACACGCGGUUUGGAGUCACGUUCCGUCAAAGAACAAUCCGGCCGACCUCAUCUCUCGCGGUAUGACCCUCGACGAGCUCACAGCGCACUCCCUUUGGUGGCACGGACCAGCCUGGCUUGAAGCACUGGACAUUCCGUGGCCAGCCAAGUAUGCAACGUCGAAAUCCACCAACCUCGAAGCCGCAAGAUUGUCGCCCUUCCCACCGUCGAAGAUGACCCGUCUCUUGAUCUGGUUCUCCGCUACUCAAGUCUCCGUUCACUGCUUCGGAUCGGCGCCAUCAUUCGUCGGUUCUGCUCAACAUGAGCAUUUCGAGAAGGAACUGUGCCAACUCUCCUCGACUGGGAAGAUAGACCGAAAAUCCAAACUUCGGUUCCUGACUCCACAGUUGGUGGAUGGUGUGAUCCGCCUCGGCGGCCGGUUGCAUAACGCUUCUAUACCAAACGACGAGAAGUGUCCUAUCCUUUUACCGGCCAAGCAUCGUUUAACCGACCUCAUCGUGACAAGAGAGCACCAGAAGACACUCCACGCAGGUCCUGGGUUGCUGCUAUCGUCCCUCCGCCAGAAGUACUGGCCUCUUGGCGGCCGGAAUCUGGUUCGAAGGAUCGUCCACCGGUGCGUGACGUGCGCCCGCGCUCGACCAAAUCCGCUCGAGCAGCUGAUGGGCCAACUUCCUCCGAUACGAGUCACUCAGGCGUACCCUUUCGAAAACGUGGGCAUCGAUCUCGCCGGCCCGCUCUACGUGCGCCCGUUCACCAGAAGCCGCAACUCCCCACUAGCCAAGGUGUACAUUGUCGUGUACGUCUGCCUCGUGACAAAAGCAGCUCACCUCGACCUUGUUUCCGACCUCACCACUGAAGCGUUCAUCGCGAGCCUCCGGCGUUUCACCGGCAGGAGAGGUAAACCAGCGCGCAUCUACUGCAACAAUGCCACCAACUUCGUUGGUGCUACAAGGGAGUUGAAGGAGCUCCGCAAGUUGUUUCUGUCCCAACAACACAAAGAGGCCGUAGAACGCGAGUGUGGGGAUGAUGGAAUCCAGUUCCAUUUUAUUCCGCCGCGAUCACCAUCCUUCGGUGGCAUCUGGGAAGCUUGCGUGAAAUCCGUCAAGACCCUGCUGCGCAAAAUCCUUGGCAAUGCCCACCUCACGGAAUCGGAACUCCAAACCGCUCUCGUGCAGGUUGAGGCAAUGCUGAAUUCACGUCCUAUCACUCCGCUUCCGAUUGGUAGACCGCUGAACGCGGUGCCCGAUCCCGACCUUCAGGACAUCCCAGAAAACCGCCUCUCACGCUACCAAAGAGUACAGCAGCUCGUUGGACAUUUCUGGUCUCGGUGGCACAAGGAAUACCUUGCCACCCUGCAAAUCCGGUACCGUUGGACUGAAGCGCUCGACAACCUCGCCGUCGGCUCCAUCGUCGUCCUCAAGGAGGAGAAGAUUCCGCCACUCAAGUGGCCUCUCGGACGGGUGAUCAGCGUCCAUCCCGGCUCCGACGGACGAGUUCGUGUCGCCACGGUGCGAACCAGUAACGGUACGACCCAGCGUGCCGUCUCAAAGCUGUGCCUUCUCCCGGUCGAAGUUGAUCCGGCCACCGUCGUCAUUGAUGCCCCGCAUUCGCCAGACCUUCGAAGAUCCCGGCCAGUGCAACACGUGGCCGAAGGGGGCCGCGCCCGUCAAUUCCGCGCCCCAGACAGGGCAGAAGGCAGCAGCGAACAGCAACAGUUUUUUCCCGCUUACGGUGACGACCGCGAGUGA